UGUAGACGGAAACCCAGAACCAGACAGCAUGAGAGGCACCGUUGUGGUUGCUGUUGCAAAAGAUUCAAUCCUGAAUGAACGUCUUAUGUACAACCUACAUCAAGCCAAAAGUCCGGACCCUCUGGUUUUAAUUUCCAUUGAUUCCAGCUCCGGCUCGCCCGGUGAGGUCACCGUGAAUGGCGGCACACAGGGUCCAAACAAGGCUGUGGGGCUCAGGGAACUUGAAGCUUCGCUUCCUAUUACAGAAUCCAGAAACGGCACUAUGUAUUCAGCAAUAUUUCAUAUUUUAUGUUCAGGAAUUGGAUUCCAAGCCCUCUUGCUCCCCGUGGCAUUUGCAACUCUUGGAUGGGGAUGGAGUAUUUUGUGCUUGUUACUGGCAUAUACAUGGAAGCUUUAUUCCACAUGGCUUCUGGUUCACCUUCAUGAAACAGUCCCCGGAACCUGCCAUAGCCACUACCUCCGCCUUUCAAUCGCCGCCUUUGACGAGAGGAUAUGCUGUGAGCUUCUAAGGCAUAAUAGGGGUGAUGAUCUCCCCGAGGCUUAUGUUGCUUUUGGUAGACACGAGUUCUUGAAUACAACAUUGGUCGUUCUGAAAAGCUAGAUCUGUUAUCGGUGUUGGGAGGAGAUGAAGAAAAUCAUUGGGAAAAAAGAGUUUGUUGACCACUAGAGGAUUUCUCCAAGCUGCAAAGAUCCUUGGUUUUGACCAACAAGGGGUUCUCAGAGGUGGGUAAUGAAACAUCUGGUUGAGG